GCACAAAUCUGAGACUAUAUAAUUCAACACGCGAGUAGGGUUUUCCAGGAUCUUCAAAGCCGUCGUCGAGCCUAUCGCAGCAGCCCCUCGCAACCUCAGACUGCUCGACAAUGGCCGUCGGCAAGAACAAGAGGAUUUCCAAGGGAAAGAAGGGAGGAAAGAAGAAAGCUGCCGAUCCGUUCGCCAAGAAGGAUUGGUACGAUAUCAAGGCUCCAUCGGUCUUCACCGUCCGAAACGUUGGGAAAACUCUUGUGACCAGAACUCAGGGUACCAAGAUUGCUUCAGAUGGACUCAAACAUCGUGUUUUUGAGGUUUCGUUAGCUGACCUUCAGGGUGAUGAGGAUCAUGCCUACAGGAAGAUCAGACUGAGAGCUGAAGAUGUUCAAGGGAAGAAUGUUCUGACAAACUUCUGGGGUAUGAACUUCACCACAGACAAGCUUAGGUCUCUGGUGCGUAAGUGGCAAACAUUGAUCGAGGCUCAUGUGGAUGUCAAAACAACUGACAACUACACUUUAAGGAUGUUCUGCAUUGGAUUUACUAAGAAGCGCCCAAACCAGCAGAAAAGGACUUGUUAUGCACAAUCAAGCCAGAUUCGGCAGAUCCGUCGGAAGAUGAGGGAGAUUAUGGUAAACCAGGCACAAUCUUGUGAUUUGAAGGAUUUGGUACAGAAAUUCAUUCCUGAAUCAAUUGGCAGGGAGAUUGAAAAAGCAACUUCUAGUAUCUAUCCUCUGCAGAAUGUGUUCAUUCGCAAAGUCAAGAUCUUAAAAGCACCUAAAUUUGAUCUUGGCAAGUUAAUGGAGGUGCAUGGUGAUUAUUCGGAGGAUGUUGGGGUAAAAUUGGACAGGCCUGCUGAGGAGGCUGUUGAGGGAGCAACUGAAGUUGUUGGAGCUUAAAUGGAUAUUUAGGACUUAUGUUAUUUCUGAGUGUUCUUUAUGAUUUUCUGAUAAAAGAAUUAGAUUAUGCAUGUUGGGUACCAUUUUGGAUCUUGUCGAGACUGGUAUGUUGUUGGCGUUUUAAAUUUGAGUAAAAACCCAAUUUUGUUCUCAA